AUGGCUGCCCUUCAGUGGAAAAAUCUUUCUCCCAGGGUUUGUUCAUGGCUGCCCUUCAGUGGAAAAAUCUUUCUCCCAAUUGUUUUCAUAGCCAGCGACGAAAUUCGGCCGGCGACAGUGUACAAAGGUGAGGCUGCGGUUUUAGUUUCUAGAGAAGAUACAGACAGACUUGCGACUCCGUUUCGUUGGGCUCUAGUUGGGAAAUUCUCUCAUGGUCGACCUACUCUGAAGGACAUUCGUAAGUUCUUUGCUGCGUUAAACCUGAGAGACCAUGUCUCGGUUGGGCUGAUGGAUUAUAGACAUGUGUUGAUUAAAUGUGUAGCUGAGGCAGAUUUCAACAGGAUUUGGACGAAAGGUAUUUGGCAACUAGGAAAAUUUUCGAUGCGAGUUUUUCGUUGGACCAGGGAGUCUCAUAUGCAUAAGGAAUCUUCUCUGGUUCCGGUUUGGAUGGCUCUACCGGCUCUGCCGAUUCAUUAUUUUGGCAAGCAUUCAUUGUUUUCUAUUCUGUCUCUAGUCGGAAGGCCCUUAUUCUUGGAUUCGGCAAUGGCUGCUGGCACUUGCCCCAGUGUGGCCAGGGUGUGCGUGGAGGUUGAUGAAGCAAAACCAGUCGUUUCGAGGAUAUGUGUGGCUGUCGAAGGGGAGAUCGGUUCCUGGCAAAGAAUUGUGGCAGAGGAUAUGCCAUGGUACUGUUCCUUUUGCUGGCGCUUGGGUCAUUCACUAGAUGAGUGUAAGAAGAGUUCUUUUGAGUUGCAUCUCGGCCAAAAUAAUCGGAACCUGAGGAUGCAUGACCCACAGAUAUAUGUCCCUGUGAGCAACCCAAUUGUGAACGGGGCCAGGACACUGAUGUUCUACAGGCUGUACCUAAGUCGAAUGCGCCAUCAGCUGGCUCUGAUGAUUUUGAAAAAAGGACAAUAG